AUGGAAGGUCCACCGCUUUCUUGUUUCCACCUGCCCGAUCCAUCUUUUGACCACGUAUCUGAGCGUUACACGAUGAACCUUAUAACAGCCAUAAUCAAUAUAGUAACAGCCCCUCUCGCUGUCAUUUGCAACCUUUUAAUUUGCGCUGCUAUCAUAAUUCGGCUUCGAACACCAUCGAACCUUUUGAUCGCAAGUUUGGCCCUCUCGGAUGUCUUUGUUGGUCUUGCAGUUCAGCCGGGUUACAUCAUGUACCGACUCAUGGAAAAUCAGCAUCGUUCCGUUCCCUGCUUUGUCAGAGUUGUAUAUGCAAAUGCUUUCUACAUUUGCUAUGGAGUGGCCCUUAUGACGCUAGCUACUGUCAGUUACCAGCGGUUCGUAGCAGUUCGUCUUCGGGCAAGGUACAAUGCUGUGUUCUCCCCCAGGCGAAUAAUGAAGUAUACGGCGUUUAUCUGGGUUUUCAAUAUUAUUUUCACAAGUCUGCAGUGGGCCGGUGUAAAAAAGAUUUCAAAAGGGAUGCAUUUGGUGGCUUGGUUCACGUCUCUCGUUAUCGCUGCAGUGGCAAAUAUGGGAAUCAUUUUUAAUUUGCGCCAAAAUCGAAACCGAAUGCAACCUGCCAAUUCUAACCUGCCUGAACGGAGUCAAAGGCAAAGAGAACUGAGGUUGACAAAAAGUGUGUCCUUCAUCGUUGGGGUCUACUUAAUGUUUAACUUGCCUGUCCUAUUUGUGACGCUUUAUAAUCAGAUACUGGGGAGAGAUAUCAAGACAUACAACCACUACAGCUGGACAGAAACUCUUGCUUUUCUCAAUUCGUGCACGAAUCCAUUGGUGUGUUGUUGGAAAAGUCGCGAAAUCCGUCAUGCGGUGAAAGCAAUAGUAGACAGAAUUAUCCGCAAAUAG